AUGCUGCCUUCCGCUGGAGCGGCACUGCUUCACCGGCCCGUGCAGAGAUGGCGAGGAAACCCCGUUGACAAGGCACUGCUUUUUCAUGACGGUGUCAUGGAUGAUGAGGACGAUUGCCGUCUUCUGGAUUUUAUAGGAGACGUGCAGGCCUUUGAUGACUAUUUUCAUGGUUCCAGUAACAAGUCGAUAGAAGAGGACGACGUGACAAAUGCAGCCUGUGGGUCUGCCAGCAACUUCUUUACCAGCAACACUGAUGACUCUUCUUCUGGGUUAAAGGAGAGCCAUAAUCAUCUGGGAGGGUUUGAUGAAGCUGGUGGGGCGGGGCUUCAACUCUCCAACAGCCUGCAGUUCAUUGAGGAUGAACUUAAGGGAGGAGCGUCCCCUGGCGGGGUGGAGCUUGGUGGUGAGGAGCAACCUUUCGACAUCCUCCAGAAAUCCCUGCUGGAGGCCGACAUCACCGAGCAGACGCUUGCCCAAGAGGCUCUGCUGGACUCUCAGCCUCCUGUAGCCCCCACCAUCACCACCACCACUACUUUCCCCCAGCAGCUGGUCUCGUCUGGUUUUACUGGAGUCUCUGGGGCAGGUGUGGUGACCCCAUUGUCCCUCGCAGGGGCUCAACCUCAGGCUUUUCUUCAGCAGGUGCCCCAGCUGCCAAACGGACCCACUGGACACAUCCAAGUGGUGGGCUCCUUUAACAGCGGCACCCCUUCCAUGAUGACCAUCAACAGCCUGGAGCGUCCCCAGAUCGUCCUCAGACCCAGUGGGAACGCUGUAACAAGUGCUAGUGGACAAGGGGCUGUGUUUGCCCCGCCUACGUCCGGCCAGGUGACAAUGCCCUUUAAGAGUUGUGGGACGCCCAUACCGGUCCAGAACAUUAUCAUUCAGAGGGGCGCGGUACCGCAGGCCCUGAUCCGGCCCAUACAGCCAAAGCCCCUUCAGACUGCUGGACACACGGUGUACAACAUUAGCAAUUUGGGGCUUCAGCCUAACACGGCCUCUACCACCCCUGCUGCUGCAAACCCAGCUGGUGCGGGCUACACGGCCAACGGCUCUUCUCAGACUGCCCAACAGGUGAAGGUGGUGAAUCCAGGUAGCAGCAUUGUGGUUCAUUCGCCUUUAGGGCAACAGGGACACAGCCAGCCAGCACAGUCCAGUUUACCCCAAGGACAGUUCUUACUGCCCAACAGCCUGGCUCUGGCCACGGGCACUCCUGUUCAUGGGCUCCAGGCAGUCAACGGGCAGGUCGUACAGACCAGCGUGGCCCAGGGGGACACGACCUCUGCCAGCACCACCACCUACUCAAUCCUAGCCAAUCAGAAUACGGCGGUGCAGCUUAUCGCCGGGCAGAACUUCGCGGCUGCCGGGGGACAGCUGAUCGUGAAGCAGGGUGUGGUCGGCGGGAGCCAGAUUGGGCAGAACUCCCCCACAGCGGUAAUGCAGGUUUCCCAGAGGCCUGGUGUCGCUCCCAAAGUCUGGACCGGACUCCACGCCAGCUCAUCACCCGGUCCCAGCCCCGCCCAGGCCACGCCCGCUCAGAGUCGCCUCGCUGUGGUCGGUUCAGGGGCUCAGGGUUUAACGGCCCGACAACCCGUAUCUGUCGGACCGGGACAGCGCCUGGUUCUUCCCGUGGCACAGACUGGCGCUGCCUCCUCACAGAUGGGGAUCCAAGAACUUCAGUUUGAAAUGCAGUCUGCUCCUCUGAGUCAGGACCCCGCGUCUGCAGCGCAGAAAGGACAGCUGGUCAGUCUUCUCGGUACCAAAGCUGUGAAAACUCCGAUUCCCUCUAACCAGGAGCCUUCUCUCACCACGAACACGCAGCUGAACUCACAGAAGAGACCUGCACCACAGCAACUCACCAGAGGAGGAAUGGUCCUCCAGCAGCUGAGAAAGGAGCACAGCGCCGUGCUCUCCCCCGAUCGCUCCCCUUUCACAUCACUUAACGACGUCAUGGAGAGACUGCUCCCCUACCACGUGUUCCAGGGCGCCCCGCCAGGCCAGGACGAUUUUACCAAAGUGGAUGAGGAGUUUGAAGUUGUUGCAGCGAACGUGCUGAAGAGAACCCAAGCCAUGGUGAACAAAUACCGUCGCCUGCUCUUCUCCGAGGCAGAGCGGUUGAGCCUGUCGUCAGAGAUGGUGAUGAUCGACAAGACGUUUAACCAGGAGGAGCGGAGUAACCUGACCCAGGACAAGCGAAUGGCACUAGUGGACCCAGACGGCUUUCUGGAGGAUUUCUGCUGCGCGCCCAAGCCGAUGGUUCCGAGCCCAGGAGCUGUGGAUCCGUCCACCCAGGGAUCUUCCCUGGGAGGCCCGGCAUCGUUGCCCAGCUACGCAGGUCGACACGCAGAGAGAGGAGUGGAGAGGAGGGAUGGCAUUUCUGAGCCAGCGUACAGGACAGAAACCCGCCCUGGGUGCCAGGACCCAGGUGGGGGCGGCGGGGGGCAGGGGGUGUCUCUGGGGGGAUAUGAAAAUGUCACCGUCAACAGCAUCCUGGACAUAAAGAGGAACCAGAGAUCCAACGUCAGCAGCCACCAGCACAAUCUCCACGCGCCUGCCGGCCAAUCACAACACAGCUCUUCUCAGCCCUACCUUUCACAACCUCUGGGGAGAGGCCUCGAACAGCCCCUCCCACCGGAACACGGCCAGACCUCGUUGGCUGACACGGACUCUGUGCUUGAGGCUGCAGUGAAUAGCAUAUUAGAAUGUUAGAAGGUGCCAUGUCAUGCGUUUUUUGUUUGUUUUUUUUCUGGGUUUGUUCAUGAUGUUACCCCAUUUCUUGUCUGCACCAUUUUAUUCUCCAGUAGAGAGAGAGAGAGCGACAGAGAGAAAAAAGAGAGAGGGGGAGAGAGAGCAGGGGAGGCAGAAGAAGGUAAUGAUCUUAAUGAUGAAGAUACUGAAGGUUUGAUAAUGAUAUUCUAAUGUGCCUGUUGUUGUCCUGGUAACGUUUACAUGAGGAGGCCUUGUUUGACACUGCUCCACAGA